AUGUAUCAAUCAUCCCCUGAAAAACGAAAAUAAAUGCAGAAUUAUGGAAGAUCAAUGGAAGACAUGACUUGCAUAAUUGAUUGUGGAUAUAUGGGUUCUCUCUUUCUAGGAAAUAUAGAAAGUGCAAGUAUUAUGACAUAAUAUACAAGCUGAUCUUGCUCUACUUAAAAAACAUAGAAUAACAGCUAUUUUAUCUAUCUGUUUGUCUAAAAUACCAUUUACUGUUAGUUCAUAAAUGAAAUAAUAUGAACAUAUCAUUUUGGAAGAUAGUGAGAAUGAGAAUAUUUAUCGAUAUUUUAAUUCUUCUUUUGAAUUUAUUGAAAAAGGAAGAUAAUCAGGGAAUGUUUUAGUUCAUUGUAUGGCAGGUAUUUCCAGGAGUGCAGCAUUAGUUGCUGCCUAUUUGAUGAGGAAACAUAAUAUGUCUUCUAAAGAGGCCUUGUAAUAGUUGGAAAGGAAAAGAUGGUAGGUUUAUCCUAAUGAUGGCUUUGUCAAAUAGUUACUUUUAUUCGAAAAAGAAUUAAAUCAUUAAUAAUAAGAAAUACCAUAUGACUGGAAUGCAAAAAUAAUAUAUAAUUAAUAAAAUAAUAUUAAAAGUAAAACAAGCUCUUCAGAUAGGUUAAUUACUAAAAUAAAUAAGUUUAAUGAUAAUGAAUCUAUUUCUAAUGAGUAUUAAAAAAUUAGAAUGAAGUAUAUAGAUGAUGAGAAAUCUCUUGAUAUAUUGCAGAAAUCUACUUAAUAUUAAUUAUAAUAAUAAAGGAAAACUCAAUUUGAAAUAUUAAAUAAUGGAAUUAAUAUUUAAAUUUAAAGAUUACAAUAACUUUCUAAUAGUAAUAGUAAUAGAAUAAUUAAUGCAUUAGAACCUAAAUAAAGAAUAAUUACUGAAAACCAACAAAAAAAACGAGCAUUAAUGGAUGCAAGUAAUAAAAUUAAAUAUAUAUAUAAGUAAACAAUUUCAGCAAGAAUUCAUCGGUUAACAAAGGAAUAUAAGUAGAGACAAGUCUAUAUGUUCCAAAAAAACAGGAAUUUAGUCAUAAAUAUUAAGCAGCUACAACUAGAGAUUAUCCUUUAACAAAUGGUUUUAAGGCUGCAAAUAAUUACUAAUAAAAACUUGAUAAUCUUCUUAAUUAGUUUAGUAAGAAAUCUUAAUACUAAUAUAACUGA